AAGACCAAAAGCCAGGGAAAUUAUUAUAUAUUGAAUAAAGAGCAAGUGGUGGGGUAAAUUAUUAUUAUUAUUACUAUUAUUAUGGGAAGGCAACCUUGUUGCGAUAAACUUGGAGUGAAGAAGGGGCCGUGGACGGCGGAGGAAGACGGCAAGCUCAUCGCCUUCCUCCUCACCAAUGGCCAAUGUUGCUGGCGGGCCGUCCCGAAGCUCGCCGGCCUCCGCCGCUGCGGCAAGAGCUGCCGCCUCCGGUGGACAAACUACCUCCGGCCGGACUUGAAGAGAGGCCUUCUAAGCGAAGCGGAGGAGAAAUUGGUCAUUGACCUCCAUGCUCAUCUUGGUAAUAGAUGGUCAAAGAUUGCUUCAAGAUUGCCAGGAAGGACAGAUAACGAGAUCAAGAAUCAUUGGAACACACAUAUCAAGAAAAAGCUUCUUAAGAUGGGAAUCGAUCCGGUCACGCACGAGCCUCUCAACAAGGACGCGAAGACAACGAGUGACGUACAAUCAUCGACAACAACUAAAAAUGAGACCACUUCCCGGUCAAAGUUUGACAAAGAAUACGGUGAGGAGCAACCAGUGAAAGUUGUACCUCAAGGUACAACUCCCACGACAGUCACCUCAGAAGAGCAAAGCUCUUCUUCAUGCUCGCCGCAUGAGAAUUGUUCCUCGUCCAUAACCUACGCAAACGAAUCCCAGCUAGUGAUCAUAGAUACCACAGGCGAUGGGGAGGAUCCCCUGCUCAGCUCCCUACUCGAAAGCCAUGCACCCCCGGUGCAUGCACCGUGGGACCGGGACCUCCCACAAUCGACUGGCGUUGACCAACAGUCGCUCAUCUUUGACGAUGAUCAGCUUAUUAUUCCGCCAUUGGACGACGAUUGCAUGGAUUGGUUGUUGAACUGUCAAGGGUUUGGGUUGCCGGAUUUCGGAUUGGAUUUGGAUAUGCCUAUUUUGGACUCGGGGGACAAAGAAAUGCACAUUUUCGACACGUUAGAGUCUCGAGACAAGUCACAAUAACUUCAACGACGGAUUAAGCCUCUAUUUAUAGUGGAGAGGCUUGGUAUGAAUACAAAUACAAGUGGGAAGUACUGUACAUAAUUGAUACUCAUCAAUGGUUGUCUUAAUCUACUAUUCUAGAAAAUAGGCCUGAUUAAUUGAAUAAAUGAACAAUCAUUAUUUUCAUAACACUCCCCCUUGAAUGUUCAUUUUUCAAUUAAUGAUGGAGGUUGUUAAAUCCUCAUUUGAAACAAAUUGUUCGUUGAUAUUAUUUUUUAUAUCAACAUGCUCGGUUUGUUCAUUUUCUUUCUUUGAAGAAUGAACGUCUUUUGUUUCAAACAUUGUCUCUUGCCUUUUAAGUUUUCUUGGUUUUACAUCUUUUGAACCAAGUG